CUUCAAGUUCAAAGCUACGCAAUCGUGCGUGCCCGGCUGCCUCCGUGUGUCCUCCCUUGCUCGGCGUUGCUUGCUCGCGCUUGCCUCCACGCCGUGUUGGCUCGAGCCGCUUUGUUCGGGGGGCCCGCCACCAAUCCCCAACGUGCAGCGCAACCGGCACCUGAUACCUCGAGCGGGCGUUCCGCUGCUCAGUCGUGCAUUGCUCCCUGGGCAGGCCUUCUUGGACAUCCUUGUGGCCGCCUCGACCCUCUGCCCUCUCGCGCUGCACUGGCACCGUCUGGCUCGGGCGUGUGUGACAGGUGCACCUGCAACAGGCGUCCUGGUGGUCUCUCUGCCCCUCAUGUCAUCGGAUGAUCUCGCCUUGGGCGUCGUUGCCGCGCUUUGGGCGCAGAUGCGGUUCAUCCGGUUGACCGUGCUCGUCGUGAGUUGUGAGCAGCCCCUCUCGGUGUGGCUGCAGCCAUCGGACCGUACGGCAGGCGCGCUCCGCGUGGGUGCGCUGGUAGCGACGCUCAUGUGCAUCGCUUUUCCGGGCCCGCUCACUUUCUUUGCGUCGCUUUCGACGACGCUUUCGCUGGGAUGGGCGUGCCUACCGUACGAGGUCGACAACAGUGGCACCUACGGCCUCCUGGCAGACCUCAACCUCUGGUGCGGCUUUGCCUGGGCGGCGACCAGCGGGCACGACGCGGCGCUCGGCUGGCAGCAGAGCGCUCCAGCGCUCCGUACGAUUUUCGGUACCACCUAUGCCUUCGCGGCGCUUGCGAAGCUGAAUUCGGAUUACGUGAACGUGCGCAAGAGCAGCUGCACCGUCUUCACACUGCUUGUCGGUGAGGGCUUCGUGCCCGCCGCGCUUUCGCGCCGCCUCAUCGCGCUGCUCGGCGACGGGGCCGUGCUGUCGCUUCUGCACCUUGCCCUCGUGCUGCUGGAGGCCGUCGAGGUCCUCAUCCCCCUGCUGCUCCCGCUCGCGCCGCUGCGCUGGUCUCUCGGCACCGCGUGGGCCUUCCACCUGCUGCUGGGCUCCAUCGCGUAUGACUACUCGGUCAUCGCCGUCGCAAGCCUCGUGGCGUGCGCGCCGCCGGCGCAGGUGGUGCACCUCGCGUGGAGGGUCACCAGCCCGCCCGCCCGGCUGGCCGCCACGGCGCUGGCACUGCUCGGCUGCCGGCGGCUCGAGGCGCAGCGCUGCCGCGAGCUGGGCUCGCCGGAGCACCUGGCCUCGCUGCUCUGGCUGUGUGCUCUCCGCCCCGCACUCUGGUGGACGGCGCCGCGCCCACGCCGCCUGGCCUGGCAGGUGCGCUGGGGGCCGGGAGCGGUGUCGCGCCGCCGCUGCCGCUCGCGCUGAGCGGCGCGGCGGUGCUGCUUUUGGCCGUGGCCAACGGCCUGGGCCCGUACCUCGGCUACAAACGGUCGCGACCUGGGCGAUGUUCUCCAACCUGCACGUGGAGGGCGGCAGGACCAACCACUGGUUUUGGUCGGCUUCGUGGCAGCCCUUCCGCUUCUGCCGCGAGCUCGCAACGGUAGAGGCGACGGACGUCGAGCAGCUACGGACCUAUCAUACCUUCUCGCAGUUCGACGCUGCACUGGAGGGGGAGCGCUCGCCGAUACAAGCUUUUGCUGCGCGCACAGGCUGCGCGAUGAAAAGCCAUGCGAACUCGGUGCUCGGCCGCGGCGGUGCGGUCACCACCAUCUUCCCAUACCGCGUGCCGCUGUGGCAGCUGCGUCGGAUGAUCAGCGUCGAGGUGCUCGGAACCGAGCGCGGGACGGAUUUCUUUGUCGAGUAUUCGGUCCUCGGGCAACCAGGUCGCCGCCGCUUUGAGGUGAAGGACGGCAAGAUCUCGCCCGCCUCCGAUCCCGUCCUCGCCUCGCCGCCUCCGCUGCUGCUGCAGAAGCUGCUCUCCUUCAAGUCGGUGCCUGUCGCCGAGCGUGACUGCGGCGUGUGCCACGGGCCCUGAGCGGUGCAUCUCGAGGCGCGAGUGUCGAGCGUCCAGUCGGUGCCGAACGCCGAGCGUGGCUGCGGCGUGCGUCACGGGCCCCGAGAUCGGCAUUACCCAAGCAUGCACAUACGAGGCGUGCGUCUUCACCACAGGGGGCGACGCACGCGCUGGGAAAGCAUUUCGUGUGAGCUCCGUGCCGCGCGCUCCCUGGCCACACCGCUCGGGAUGCGACACACUGCGAGCUGCUUGUGCUGCACUUUCGUGUCAGACGUGUGCCUCCGGUAUCAGCACAUCGUACGAGCAUGUCCUGCUGCGCCCACCGAGCGGUCUCUAGGGGGGCCGCGCGCCCGCGAGCGCCGCCCUCCUGCAGGCCGCGCGCGGCGCCGAGCCCGGCGCCCUGCCGAGCCGC